UGAUAAGCUACGUAUACACACAUUCGGAGUUUCUCUCUCUAGGCUGGUGGAAUAAAGCUCUCUCUCUAGGGUUUCCCAAUCGCCUCUCUUCGGGUAAUUUUUUUUCACUCUCCGAACUUGGUGGCGCUCUGUCCUUUAUUUCAUUUCUAGGGUUUCGAUUCUCUUCUUAUCUUCUCCCACCAUCAUUACAUUCUUCUUUCCAUACCCUAUUUGGGUUAGCUAGGGUUUUAAAGAUCUCAUUCUUAUAUAUAUAUAUAUAUCGAUUUGGAUGGAUGGAUGGAUGGUUGUAAGGUGCGAAUUUUAAGUGAUUUAUAGAUAUAAAAUUGAAGGAUGAGGAUUUGUGAAAUGUAUAACUGAUAGAUGGAAUGGCGCCUGCUGCACCGAAUGAUUAUAAUAUUGGGAAGAAGGGAUUAAGAACUGGGUAUCAUAAAGAUCUUGUUGGGUCUGCUGCUUCUGCUGCAAGUAGGGGGAAUUCGUUGAUUGUUUGUAGAGGAAAUUCAUCUGACAACUCAAUUGAUAUUAUGGAUAUGGCUGCAUCGGAAAACUCUUCUGCCCAUAAACGGAAAUUCUCGACUUUGGUGGAUGUUGAGACAUACGACCGUUUUGCUGUUCUACCUAUGCAGGUGUUGUCGUUGAGAAAGAUGUCGAAUUUGGAGAGAAAGGAUUUGGAGACUAGGUUGAAAAGUGAGCUUGACCAAAUAAGAAUUCUACGGAGGAGAGUUGCUUCUUUUGAUUCUAAGGUGGAUAAUAAUAGAAGUGGGAUAUUGGAAAGACCUGUUAUUGGGACUAUGCAGAAGCAGACUGAGCUCUCGUCUUUGAUGGGUAGCAAAGGAGGAGCUUCUGUGUAUAAUAAUAAUAAUGAUAACAACAACAACGGAGGAUCUGCAGCUGGUCGUUUCGGGUCGGGGAAGAAGGCUAUUCCUGCGUCCACUUCUAGUAUGUUGUUGAAACAGUGUGAGGGGUUGGUGAAUAAGUUGUUACAACAUCGAAAUGGCUGGGUCUUUGCUGAACCUGUUGAUCCUGUUAAGUGGAAUAUUCCUGAUUACUUUGAUGUUGUAAAGCAUCCGAUGGAUUUAGGCACGGUUAAAAAGAAACUCUUACGAGGGGAUUAUCAAAAUAUGUUGGAGUUUGCGGAAGACAUGAGACUUACCUUCUCGAAUGCCAUGACCUACAACCCUAAAGGAAAUUAUGCACACGAUAUGGCUGAAGCACUUAGUAAGUUUUUUGAAUCGAGAUGGAAACCAAUUGUAAAGAAACUUGCUUCUUUUGAGGAUUCGUGCAUGCCUUCCGUAUCGGCUCAAUAUGUUGGAAGUGAAACUUCAAGUCAAGUAGUACCUGACAUAAUGGAGAAAGUAUCCAUGCGGACAAACAAUACAAUGAAUGAGGAACUGGUUAAACAUGCCAUGAAUGAUGCAGACAAACAUAAAUUGAAAGCUGACUUGGAGGCUGCAUUGGAGGAAUUGCCUGAAAACAUUAUUGUAUUCCUUAAGGAGCAAUGUGAUAAUGGAAGUCAAACGCAGGAAGAUGAGAUAGAGGUUGACAUAGACGACUUAUCUGAUGAGAAAAUGUUUGUCUUGAGGAAACUAUUAGAUGACUACUUGGUAAGCAAACAAAUGAAGCAAGGAAAAGCUGAAUCCUGUGAAAUUGAGCUUCACAAUCAUUCAAGUCACAGCAAUUCAUCAGUGCAACCAUUUAAAGGUAAUGAUGCUGUUGAUGAAGAUGUAGACAUUGGAGGAAAUGAUCCACCUAAUUCAAGCUGCCCACCUGUGUUGAUAGAGAAAGAUGCAGUAAUCAGAAAUAGCAAAUUAUGUAGUUCAAGUAGUUCUAGCAGCUCGGAUUCUUCAUCCAGUGAUUCUUCGUCUGACAGUGAUUCUGGAGAUGAUGUGGCUUCAGCAACUGCACAGAAUACAAAUGAAAACACCAAUACUGGACCGGACGCUGUGCAGAAGUCGAUUGUUGAAAAUCCAACGGUGGAUGUAGCAAGCCAAAUGGAGGAGCAGGAUUCGGCUGCUGUUGUUAAGAAUGGCAGCGAUGAUGGGGAGAGUGCUCCGCCAGGGAGGCAAGUCUCCCCUCAGAAGCAGUAUCGUGCUGCUUUGUUGAGAAGUCGCUUCGCAGAUACCAUUAUCAAAGCACAAGAAAAAGCGCUUGAAAAGGGAGAAAAACAGGAUCCUGAGAAGCUCCGACUUGAGAGAGAAGGACUUGAGAAACGAAGACGAGAAGAGAAAGCAAGGUUACAGGCUGAGGCCAUAGCUGCUGAAGAAGCUCAAAGGAAAGCAGAAGAGGCAGCUGUGGCUGAAUUGAAAAGAAAAAGAGAGGCUGAGAGAGAAGCUGCACGAAAGGCUCUCCAAGAGAUGGAAAAAAUGGUUAAUAUUGAUGACAAUUGUGGAUUCAUGGAGGAUUUUGAGAUGCUAAGGGGAGGUGGAGGAUCUAAUGCACUUCUGGUUGAAAACCUGUCAAUGAUGGCUGCCCAGGAAAUCUCCAACCCUUUGGAGAAACUUGGUUUAUACAUGAAAACCGAUGAAGAAGAUGAUGACUGUGAACCCCUCAUUCAGAACAGCAACAACAGAACAGAUGCAGCCGAUGCAGAAAUAGAAGAAGAAGAGGAAGUCAACAAUGAAGACAACCACAUCAGUGACACCAACCCACCAAACACAGAGGAAGGUGAAAUAGACUGAACUGAAAUAGUCUCUUUUCUAUCUGAAGGGCCCUCCCCCUCCUCUACUAGAGAUGUGUUUUUCUCUUCCUCAUUCUCAGAGAAGAAAAAUCCUCCCUUCGGGCUUUGGAUUGUGAAAGAAAAAAAAAAGGAUGAAAUCUUUUGAGUAGGAAUAUAUUUUAUAUUAGUCUGUGUUGUCUUCUUCUUCUUCUACCCCUCUUCUUUUUCAGAGACCACCUACUCCCAUUCCAUUCAAUCCGGGUGAAGAAGCUUCAAGAGUUGCUCUCUGAUGAUCUCGCAAGAAUUUUGUUUGUUCAAAGGAAAAACUAACUUUUUUUUUUCCUUUUUAGACUCCAUCACCAAGUUAAUUUACAACUUUAGGUACUAGAGAUUUUCUAUAUUCUUUUAAAUAAUUGCUUGUUUUUA